GCAGCUCAAUUGAUAACGAACAAACGUCAAACAUUUAACCUAAAGCGGACCCAGCGGUUCGUUAAUAAAUAACGUUUUUUAAUCUACAGUAGUACUUUAAAAAAUGAACAAUAUUGAAAUCGAAGACUUUUAUCAUCAUGAUUUUACGACAGCUUCUGAAUGGGAAGUGUUUAUCGCGAGAUUGGAAGAAAUUAUGCACGAAUGGAAAUUACCAAAUACAAAAAUUGGUCCUUGUUUAAAAUCUGGAAACUUUGUCAAUUGUGCGUGGGAAGAAAAUUUCGAGAAGCUUCAUUUUGCUGAUGCAGAAUUUACGUUGAAGCAUUACAAGUUAAAAUUAGAUGAUGAAAAUACAGAUAAUCUUUUGGAGGAAAGCGAAGAGGAAAAAGUACAAUGUCACAAGGACGCGUUAAAUGCAUCGAAUGAUUUUGCUAGAAUCGAUGGGAAUCACUUAGAAAUAGCUUGCUAUUAUGGUAUUAGAGAAUUUCUUGUUUUACAGUCCACUAAAAGAGAUUCUGUGAUGGAUGAGACCAAGAUUAGGAUUUUACUUAGUUCUCUUGCAAUCGCAGCGACCAAUGCUAAUUGCGAUAUACCUACAUUGGUACAAGUCCAGGAACCAUGGCAGAAAAUGUAUCUUGGAACUAGCAUUGGAAAAGGAAUUUGUACUCACUUCGAUAUGGUACACUUGAAAAAAGUUCCUUCGCACUGCAAAUACCUAACUGGCCUACUUGCGUUAUUUAAACAGAAGGUUGGAGAAGGUAGCGGAACAAGGCUCGACCCAGUGAUGAUAUCUGUAAGGUUCUCGUAUUUAUUGAAAGACUGGACCAAUAGCACGUGGACUCAAGAACCACCAGAUUUCGAUUUCAUGCAAGGUGAAACAUUGGGUGUAGCUGAACUUGGAAAACUUCCAUUUGGAGCAACGUAUGAUCCAAUCGCAGAACUUCAUUUGUACACUACGUGGCCUGAAAUGUCGGAGAACGUCGUAGUCGAUAGCGAAGGUUUUACAGAUUUAGAACCACAGUCUGCCCCUGAAUGGUCUGUGCAAGUAAAGAUGGAUUCUUCGCCAGCCUGUUUACUCGGGGAAUACCUAACUGAUUUUUUAUAUCAAUGUAAUAAUCAAAAAACUAUAGUGGACUUGCUGGGAGAUGCCGUAACUUAUUCUCAACAAGAAGACCAAGCGUUGAGUACAGUUUUUAACAUAUUAACGGAAUCUAAGAUACCAACAAUUUCAACAGUUGUUAGUAAAGCAACGACGAAGAAGAAUAAAAACGUAGAAGGACCAAUACCGGAAGAAAUAUUAUUGUCGAUACUCUAUUUUCUUUUCCCUGACGCGGAAGAAAACACUAAAACUCCGUACAGCGACUUAACCGCGUGUAACAUAGACGAAGAUCAGUGGAAAGGUGUAAAAACAUGUGCAAUGGACAGCUUAGUGUGGCGUCUGGCAAUUGUUGCAGCACAUUGUACGCAUUAUCUCGGUGGAGCGACAGCCUUGGCACAAUUAUGGUACGAGUUUGUGCAAGAAAUCAGAUUUCGAUGGGAAAGGAGCAUUCUUAUAUCUGGAGUGAGCCCAGGAUUCCCGGAUUCCGUAAGAACAUGUAUAUUACAUCAAAAACUUCAGAUGAUGAAUUGUUGUAUCGAAAAAAAGAAAGCAAGGGAAGAAAUGGCGCAUAAAUCUCAAAGUGCAGAUACUGACGAGUUUGAAACAGCAGAAUCGGAAGAAGAGGAAUUUUUCGAAUGCACCUCUGAGGAACCAGCGAACGAGGACGAUUCGUCGUCGAGAACACAGCAGAAAGCGACACAUUUGCUGUGGAACAAACCAGCAGGACGAUUAGCCAAACAUCCUUCGCUCAAAUUAAUCCAAACUGGAGAUCCUCUAUAUCUGCCGAUAACACAGGAUCCUGUACCGAAAACAGAAGAUCAACUUGAGGAAGAUGCCCAAGUGAUGAUGCAGCUUGGAACUAGCAAACAUGCUUCGGAAAUGCGGGCCAGAUUAAUGAGUGCCUCGUUAUUGUCCGACAUGGAGUCUUUCAAGGCAGCGAAUCCUGGAGCAGUUUUGGAAGACUUCAUUCGUUGGUAUUCCCCGAGAGAUUGGAUCGAGGAGGAUGUAGCGGACGAAUGGGGUCAACCUAAAGGUCACUUAUCAGCAAGAAUGCUGAUUCCCAAUAAUCCAUGGUCUACGACUUGGAGUUCAGCCCUGCCUGUACCUGCGCAUCGACAAAAACGUCUAUUUGAUGACACAAGGGAAGCUGAAAAAGCUCUGCAUUUCCUAAGUACAAAGCGCAUAGGCCAAAUUGCUCAACUUCUCUUACCCGCGUUGACUCAUGCAGCGCUUUACACUUUGAGCGAACAAAAGCAAGAUGCUUUACCAAAUCUACCUGAUGUUACGAUCAGUAUACUUAAUAAAUUACAAUAUGCUACGAAACCUAUUCAUCAAAAGUUACAUGUGUAUGAGGAAAUUAUUCGGGACGUAGAAGGUGUGGAAGCUCUUGUUGCACAAGUAAAUUCUUUACAACAUAAACUAGGUGGAAACAAUGAUUCUAAAGAAUUUACUUCGUUUCUCAUCCAGUUAAUGCGAGGAAAGGAAGUGGAUGUGCCAGGUGGAUCCAAUGGAAAUAUCGGUUCUCGAAUAACAACAAUGUUUAGAGAUGCUCAAAAAGCUGCUCUUAUAAUGACCUCCCUCAAUAGUAAUCCAGACGUAGAUGUUGCUGGAGAUAAGUUUAAAACAUUCCCAGAACCUUGCUGUAAAGAGUUUAUUUUACGAAUUGUAACACCAAGGCCCUCGCCAACCUCAACUCCCCAACCACAAAGGCUGUAUGUAUGUCUUAAACGAGAUGAUAUUCGUUUAGCUGGAUUCUUUUCGAAAGAUACGAUAUUUUUAUAGUCCACAUUCUAAGACUUGUCUAAUUAAGUAUGUAUUGAUUAAUGAAUACUUUAGAAAUUCAGUCGUUUCUGUUUUUCCAUUUUUUCCGAUUGUGUUAAAUAAGUUGUUAAAAUAAAUUUUCUAUGCAUUA